AUGACACUCAAGAUCAUCAACUCAUAAAAAGAAACAACAAAUCAAAUCACUCGCAUUCAACUCACAUCCUCGAACACAAAAUGCCAGUACCAUGGGAAGCAUUCAUCCCCUUCGGUCUCUUGACGGUCAUGUUCACCGGAGCAGGAACACUUCUUAAUACCACUCGAAUGUUGGCCAAUGAUGGCAAGCCUCCGAGAUAUGGUACUGAUAAAUGGGAUGAAAUGAUGAUGGAACGUGAUCGAAGGUUAACUGGAAGUACUAGGGGACAAAGUGUUGAAGAGAUUGCUCCACCUCAGUUUCAAACUAAUUCAGCUUGGCCUAUUGAAAAGGUUUUUUAAGUUGUAUACAAAUACAUUGAAUUAUACUUUUGUUUUGCAAUGACUCUUUCUACU